AUGACAACUCGCGAGAAAAAGGGCACCAGUAGUAUUCUCGGGUUCGGUAAUGGUAAAGCCCGGGGCUAUGAAAAUAUCGAGGAUCUACUGAUUAGCCAAAGGACCCAUCGGAACUCGAUAGAUCUCGGCAGCACCUCGUCCAAUGGAGUGAACUUGGUCGAGGGCCCUCGCUCUGAAGCACCAUUUUCAGAUAGCGACUUGGCCAAGUAUGACUUACCCCCCUGGGAAACGCUAGAUAAAUUGAUCAAUUAUUAUUACAUCUACAACCAGCCUAGUCAAUCCCAUUUCCCAGGAAAGCCCAUUUUUUUGAAAAACUUGGCACUCAAUAUAGAUGCCUCGAUCUUGCACCUGAUAAUAGCCACUGUUUGCAUUAUUGCCACGAGAAGGGAUCCCGCCCUCAAGAUCAACGCCGACGAAAAAUACUGGAUUGGCAAAAUGCACAAAUUCUGGGACCUCUUGAACGACAUCGGGAUUAUUAUUUGCUACAAGACCAUCACAAGAUGUCUUUCGAUUCGAUUCAACAUGGGCCUUUUGAAUCAGGUCAAUAUCAAAAUCUACGAAACGAUUUAUGAAAACAACUACGUGGAGAUUUACAGCCAGAGCAGGUUCGAUAGCAGCAACUCAUCCAGUCACACGAGGAACCCUACUUUUGGCACGCGACGCCAGAUUUACGAGCGUGAAAUCAUUUUGAAGCUAGUGUGGAGUUUUUACAUUUCCAACGUCAUCUUGUUCAGAUUCAAUCAAGGCAGACCUUAUUAUAAACUCUCGUCGAUCUUGGAUGAUUUCAAAUUCGAUUACGAGCGCGACCAUUAUUGCAACAACAUGCUAUUACCCUUGAACGAGGUUGAUUACAUGAAUUUGAAAUUGGUGAAUAAUCGAACCAGCUGGAAGCAGUUGUAUGAGCGGAAUCACGUCCCUUCGGAUAUUUCAAGUCUUAUCCUAGCUGCGAAAAUGUUUGAAAAACUCAUGAGCGAGCUCUCAAAUGGCGAUCUUGUUUUUGACAAUUUGGUGACCAAGAAUGAUUUCAACAUUGAUUUCACCGAAAAGAUUAAGAACCAGCAUACUCUAGUCAUUGAAGAGAAGAAAUUAAUUGUCAUCAACAUCACUUAUUGGUUUGCCAACUUGAUCCUCAGGACUGCCGAGGUUGUACAGUAUCACAAUUUCAUCACGCCAGGGAUGAAAUUCAAAAUGACCAAGUACGAUUUCAAGCGCAAGGCCACGGAAAGCGACGACCCUGAAAAUUCCACCCCUAAACAACCUAUGCCGCUCAUUUGCGAGGACAUAUUGGAGAUGGAUGAUUUGACUGACAACUUGAAAGCAUUUGGUAAGCACCAAUGGAUCAGCCUUAUCGAGGUUGUUCGGUCAAUGCGUGGGUUUGUUUCGUUGAUGGAGAUUGCACCACUGCCACACUGCAAACACUAUUCAGCAGUGAUAGGUCCCACGUUGCUAGGUGGCAGUGAAAUCGACGAUACACACAAGACCAAUUUCCGGGAUGUUAUCAGCAACUCAGGAGACUGGUGGGAUUCGCCCGAGUUGAAAGCGUCGGUGAAAGGGUCGUGGAACAAAUUGCCACUGUAUGCGUUAUCCUUUUCAACGGCGUUUUUGUCGAUUGCAUGCAGUUUGGUUGCCUUGACGAAAUUCAUCCGCUUGAGCACAAAUCCCGACCUGGAGAAUCGUUUGAAUCGUUUGGUUGUUGAGUUUUUGAAAACUGGGGAACUUGUCGAGAUUGAUUAUGUUGUUCCUGAGGAUUACGACAUUGAGAAAUUGUUUAACCAAAAAGCAUGUCUCAAUAACGUGUCGGCCUUGUGUGAAUUCAUCAAGUAUAAGUUGAACUAUAGUCCUGAGGAGCUUAACAAGAGCACCAUCCAGCGCAUGAACAAGCUAACGCAAUAUCUUGAUGAUAUUUUGAUUGCAUGA